AUGUCAAUGCCUUCCAGAAUCCCCACACUGCCUAACAGUAAAACUCCUCUAAAGCCGCUAAAUCGGCCAGCGGGUCAGAUAGCAAAUCUCAGACGGCGGAGCAGAGAAAUAACUGGCUUGAUUAAACCUAGUGUUCAUCUUACACCAUCGGGAUUGAGAUCAAUCGACAGAAGAGCAGCAGUUUCGCCUCCUCCCAAAAUUGCCAGAAGCACUCCUACUAGUGCCAUAAAAUGUCCGAUUCGACCGAAUGAUGAGAUAAAGAAGUUGGAAGAACGUUUGGAAAAGGUGUCAGCUGAGAACUCAUCUCACAAGGAGACCAUCCAGAACCAAGAUGAACUUCUAGUAGAUUUCCGAAGGAAAGUUGAAGAGGCGGACAAAUCAGUUAAACACUUCGAGGAACUUUUGGUAGAAAAGGAAAAUAUUCACAAACGUAAAGUAGAAGAGCUAGAAUCGAGAAUGGACUUAUUGAAAGAGAAGGUUGAACUGAAGGAAGAGAUUAUCGAAACGAAGAAUAUGAUGCUGGAGAAGAAACAAAUGCAAAUGGAUACUCUGAACAUGAAUCAUGAUCUUCUAAAGGAUGCUCACAGAGUAUUGAAUGAAGAAAAAGACGAAUUAAAAAGAGAACUGGAAGCAAAGGUUCGAGAGAUUAAAGCUUUGUGCGAAAUACAAGCGAGUCUACGUAGUGAGUUGAGGCAAUCUGAUUUGCUCUCCAGAAAACUUCUGAACGAUGUUGUGGAUUUGAGGGGUCAAAUAAGGAUCGCCAUUAGAGUACGCCCAGCUCUUCCCAAUGAAAACACAUCCAGCUCUCUAAACUAUCCCACACCAACUUCUAUUCGCCUUGACUCGAACGGGAAGUCGGUGUCGUUUAGAUAUCAGAAAGUGUAUCCACCGACUAUCAAUCAGAAAAUAAUCUUUGAAGAUGUAGAAGAACUUGUUCAUUCUUGCCUACACGGAUAUAAUGUGGCUAUUGUUGCCUAUGGACAGACGGGUAGUGGAAAAACGUAUACUAUGAUUGGAGGGUCCAAUGAACAAGAAGGUCUGAUUCCUCGAGCUGCGAAGAGCAUAUUUUUGAACAAGCACAAGUUGUUUGAGUUAGGAUGGACCUUUGAAAUCAAAGUUUCGUUCCUCGAAAUUUACGUAGAGGAAGUUUAUGAUCUGCUGAACAAUCGACGUCAAAUAGAUCUGAAGAUGGGAUCUGGUAACUGUACUGCUAGUGAUGCGACCAAAUUAGGAAUCAAUUCUGAAGAUGAUAUCACUGAGAUCUUGGUUACAGCCAGUAAAUGGCGAUCAGUUGCGGCAACCAAGUGUAAUGAACAAUCCAGUAGGAGCCAUGCAGUUUUCCAGAUGCACAUUGAAGCCACUAACGAAAUUCUGAAAACUAAACUAGAAUCAACACUCUCUUUGGUUGAUCUUGCUGGUUCCGAAAGAGCUAAGGAAUCAGGCUCAGGAGAUGACAAAGAUCGGUUCAAGGAAAUGACCUCUAUCAACUUGGGGUUAUCAAACUUACAAAAAUGCAUUCGAGCCCAAUUAACAAAGAGCCAACACAUUCCUUAUCGUGACUCCAAAUUAACAAUGUUGUUGAUGAGCAGUUUAGGUGGUGGAAAUUCCAAAACAAUGGUCAUUGUGGGUCUGAACCCUUCGAAUACACAAGAGGCUGAGUCCAAGAGGAGUUUGGAGUUCGCCCAGCAUAUGAGCAUGACAACCAUAGGAGCAGCUGUGAAGCAACACAAGUGA